AUGCUCAGUGAACCAGACAUCAGCAAAUGGAAUUUACUGACGCAAAUCUCAUCACAAAGUCUCUCUCCUCCUCCUGCUGAUAAACAGUGCAAAUCCAAUGAAAACUCUCCUGUCAUGGCUCGCCGCAAAAGAAAUGUAAGUACAACUUUGGUGAGUGAGUCUGUUUGUUGUUUUUUUUCUCUUGUUAACUCAUAACGCCCCAACAUCAGUAUGCAUAUUCUCCAUACUGUUCUCCAUACAUAUUCUAAAGCAACGGCGAGGAGAAUUUGUCUAACGAUCAGGAACUUCUUGAGUUUGUGAUUCUUUUCUUUAUUUAAGGGUGAUACUGUUGGGAGAAAUAAAUUUGACUUAGGAACGGGGGGGGGGGGGAGGAGGAGUAGGGGUCUGAGGAGGCUCCGCUAUAUAAUCAUUAUGAUCGCUAGUCUCCCCUUUAUACUCUGUUGGCGACGACUGAUUCCCCGUCCGUUCCCUCCGAAAACCAUGUGAUCCCCUAGAAAAUCCUUCUAUUUCCCCCUCCCCCUCUCCCCGCCCCCCUGAUGAGAAAUAAUGACUGGUCCUCAACCGUAACCCUGAGUUUUUUGCUUCACAAGGUCUCACGGGAAAUGUUUCUUCAAGCCUCGACCUCGUGUGCUAGAGCCAGUUCUCCUUGCCCGCGUCUAGUCAUAUUGAAUAGGGUCAGCCGUCUGACUGACUGACGGACUUUAGCCUCACAGAACUCCGGCUCUUCCUCAUCCUCCACGUCCUCCGGUGUGUCAUCAGGAUCAGAUACGUCCUCAGUACCAAAAAACUUUUUAUUCUCCCUUCCCCGGUCACAGUUUGCUGGCUUGCCAAUUGGCUGUAGGUCACCUCGCCUACGCAAGUCUAGAGGUGGUGUUUCGCGGAGGUCUUUACUAGAACGACCGCGUUUUCCUCAGACCCUCCCCUCCCAAGAGUCCUUCCAAUAGAUCUGCACAUGCUGGCUGUAUUAUUCGGGUCAGCAUCGACGGACAGACUGUUAACCAGCUAAGUCCCAAGGUCCAAUCAGCAAUUCUCCCUACUUACUGCCAUACUUUUUAAUGUUAAUUAAACAGGGGAGUUUGGCCGUAUUUCAAAACUACACCUUCUAGCAAAGAAACUUGUCUGUUCUCAUAACCUGUUCUUCCUCUUGUUGUUAACAGCUUUCGGAUGACGAGUGAACACCUACUGUCAUUCGGUCAUGUUGGAAGAAACGAGAAAUGAAGGGAGAUCCGAGCGAGUAUUAACUUGUUCAAAUUCUUGAUAAUGAAGGUAAGUCUGAGUUUAAAAGGGUGAACAACUUGAGUUUUUUUUCUUAUGGUCUACUGUGUCAUUGCGUAUUUGUGUUGAGGGGAAGAAAUGAUCUGAUCCACAAGAAAAUUUAAAGUUUGAUUUUGAAAGUUACUAUAGUGUAAAAUGUUCUCUGUUGUCUUUUGGGCUGAUACGCUAGAAUAUAAUGACUAUUAUGCAGACUUACGGAGAUGGGGAAAGGGGGUGGGGGGGUGUCAAAUAGCAGUGCUUAUUGGCUCAUGUAAGCAAAGGAGGCCGAUUUCUUGUUAUGAUCUCGGAGUUUUUCUUGACAGAGAUGGAGUCGCUUGCAACCCAUGCCCACCCCUCUGAAGCUAGUACGCCAAGAUAUAUAUCUGAGCAUGCGUAAACUUUCUAAUCUGUCGCGAUCUGUCGCCUUUUGGCAAUCUUUCCCGCGGCGUUUUCUUUUCAGUUGACCUCUUUUUCAGGCGUAGAAGGCCUAUGAAUAUUACGAGUGCAGUUGCUGGAAACCCUCGAUUUCGUCACAUAAAAACUGUGUUGUGUUAAACUGUUUUUAACAUACCUUUUCAGAUAAAAAUCGUGCGAUCGUAUCGAGCCGCCAUGUUUGUUUUGCGUGUUGACGCUUUUGAAGCUCGCGUUAUGUUCGCACCCAGAUCUUGCGCGGUCAAAAACACUAUGGAGCCUCCUUAAAGACAUCAAGACUCAGACUAGACUUCCCUGUUAUUCCCUUGCCUUGAUUUUCUGAUUUUUUUCCAUUUGCAGGCGAGCUAGUCAUACCAGACAAUGCGAAUGUGUACUACGCCCUGAACUCAAGUAUAAGAAUCUUUGCUGUUCAAACUCAAGAAAAAGGAAGAUGA